AUGCUACCAACACCUGAUACGUCACAUGUAUCGUUUGACACCAUUUACGAACCAUCAGAGGACUCAUACCUCUUCCUGGACACACUAUCCUCGCCAUCAGAGUCAAAAUGGCUCACUGAGAAAUUUCAAAGUGCCAACCCAAUGCCUCUAGUGGUCGAAGCGGGCACAGGCUCCGGAGUGGUGCUAGCUUUCACUGCAGCUCAAUCCCAAGAAAUAUUCGGACGUCGAGACAUACUCACGUUAGGGACCGAUGUGAAUCGCAAUGCCUGCAUUGCAACCCGACAGACGGUCUCAACAGCCAUCAAAGAACAACAAGAAGCGCAAGAAAAUCCUGCCGAUUCAAAACUGCAUGCUGUUCACGCUUCAUCUAUUACUUCCGAUCUCUGCUCUGCGUUGCGUCCCGGCAGCGUCGACGUUCUUCUUUUCAACCCACCAUAUGUCCCCUCGGAGGAAUUACCACGUCUCCCCUCAGCGGAAGAAAAUGACCCCGUCACGGCAAAAGCCAUGUCUCGCUCUGCCAAGUUCGAAAAUGAUUCAUACUUUUUGUCACUGACGUACGCGGGUGGCGCUGAUGGUAUGGAGACCACAAAUCGGUUAUUGAAUGACAUCCCGGGUAUCCUGUCAUCCCGUGGAGUCGCAUAUGUGCUGCUCUGCAAGCAAAAUCGGCCUGACGAAGUGAUAGGACGUGUUCGGAACCAGGGUGGAUGGUGUGCUGAGAUUGCUGGUUCUAGUGGUAAGCAGGCCGGUUGGGAGAAGUUGGUAAUCGUUCGCAUAUGGCGAGAGGAUCGUUCCUGA